UCUUUGCGCUUGGAUCUGUCUUUGGCUCUCCUUCUCAGGCUUUUUAUGACCCCCCCCCCCCCUUCCUUUUAUUUGCUUUCCCGAUACGAAGUCUCCUUGGUUUUGUUCGGUCAGCAAGGAAUUGUGUGGAUUUCGCACCAAGUAGCGGUUUAGGGUACGCUCAUCUCAAAUUGGAUUAUCCUUUAUCUGGCGACGCUUCAGUUUCCGUCUUCCGUCACUUCCAUGUUCUCGCGUCCUCAUGUUGUGUUUGGUUAUCGAUGUACUGGUCUUCUUCAGCCCUUGUUUAGCUCUUACCUCUUCAUAUCUUUCAACCUGGUGCAGAUGUAUACUUGUUUUGUGGGAAAUAUCAACAGAUACACCACUUUUCUUAGGAGGUCAUCAAGCUAGCUAUAUCAUGUUUCAUCUUGGGCACUUUAGCUCGUUUACUUACCUUCGCUUCUGGCACCCAUCCUCACAGGAUGAGGGGGGGUAGCCGCCUCAAUGGCUGUAUGUUCUCCCUAUGAUUUAUCCCUGUUUCCGCCCCCGAGUGUGCUAUCCGAUAUCUGGCCGUGAACUGCUUCGAACAUGUCAGGUAGUUGAGUAUGUUUGAAUCACUAGACCGGCUGGGCUCAAUGAGCAAGUAACACUCAGUGGAAAUUGGACCAUCGCUUUAUUCCCAUUACAUCUAUCGAGUACACAAGAGCCGUCCACGAUGUUUGCAGGCUAACAGUUCGUGAAUCAAUCGGUUGUUUACUGUCACUGAAAACUGGUAUCUGUAAUCCUGGCCGAUCAGUCACUCCAAGUUAAUAUCGCCACAUUUGCUAUACUACUGUUCAGCGGGCAUAUACUUUUACAAAACAUCGC